AACCUCCCAAAUCAAAAAACUGACGACACCAGGAUCGUCCGUUCCUCCCCAUGGGAUCCUGUAUUGGAAAAGAGGAUCCACCGCCUGGUGCAACGUCACCAGUCCACACGUCAUCCACGUUGGGAAGGGAGUCACUGCCAAGUCAUCCACGAAUUCCGUCCAUCGGUCCGAUUGCGGCGUCUUCCAGUGGAAAUACGAUUGAUAAAAAUCAGAAUAUCUCGCAAUCUGCGAAUUUUGUCGCUUUAUUCCAAUAUGAUGCACGGACAGAUGAUGAUUUGAGUUUUAAGAAGGAUGAUAUCCUUGAAAUUCUAAAUGAUACCCAAGGAGACUGGUGGUUCGCCAGGCACAAGGCAACUGGACGGACUGGGUAUAUCCCGUCGAAUUAUGUUGCCAGGGAGAAAAGUAUCGAGUCACAGCCGUGGUACUUUGGAAAAAUGCGGCGAAUCGAUGCGGAAAAAUGUCUAUUGCACACUUUAAAUGAGCACGGAGCAUUUUUAGUGAGAGAUUCCGAAAGUCGACAGCAUGAUUUAUCAUUAUCAGUCCGAGAGAACGACAGCGUAAAGCACUACCGUAUCCGUCAACUGGACCACGGCGGGUAUUUUAUCGCCCGGAGGCGCCCGUUUGCCACGUUACACGACCUGAUUGCACAUUACCAACGAGAAGCCGAUGGUCUUUGUGUGAAUCUGGGAGCUCCUUGUGCCAAGUCAGAAGCCCCACAGACAACGACAUUCACAUAUGAUGACCAAUGGGAAGUGGACCGCCGUUCGGUUCGUCUCAUUCGACAAAUUGGAGCCGGGCAGUUUGGAGAGGUAUGGGAAGGCCGAUGGAAUGUGAACGUCCCCGUCGCUGUGAAAAAGCUAAAGGCCGGAACCGCAGAUCCUACGGAUUUCCUAGCCGAGGCACAGAUUAUGAAGAAGCUCCGGCAUCCGAAGCUUCUGUCCCUGUAUGCAGUCUGCACACGUGAUGAGCCGAUUCUUAUAGUCACCGAGCUAAUGCAGGAGAAUCUGCUCACAUUCUUACAGCGACGAGGUCGGCAGUGUCAGAUGCCUCAGCUGGUGGAGAUCUCGGCGCAGGUUGCCGCUGGAAUGGCCUACCUAGAGGAGAUGAAUUUCAUCCAUCGAGACCUAGCAGCACGAAACAUCCUUAUCAACAACUCCCUAUCUGUAAAAAUCGCAGAUUUCGGGUUAGCCAGGAUAUUGAUGAAGGAGAACGAGUACGAAGCAAGAACCGGAGCACGGUUUCCGAUAAAAUGGACGGCGCCCGAGGCGGCGAACUAUAAUCGAUUCACAACCAAGUCGGAUGUCUGGAGUUUUGGAAUCCUGCUCACCGAGAUUGUCACGUUCGGACGGUUACCCUAUCCAGGUAUGACAAACGCCGAAGUCCUACAACAAGUCGACGCCGGGUACCGUAUGCCGUGCCCAGCCGGGUGCCCAGUCACCCUUUACGACAUAAUGCAACAGUGCUGGAGAAGCGACCCGGACAAACGGCCAACCUUUGAGACCCUCCAAUGGAAGUUGGAGGAUCUGUUCAAUCUGGACUCUUCCGAGUAUAAGGAGGCCAGCAUAAAUUUCUGAGAGAGAGAGAGAAACUUUUGGGUGCCUAUAUACAGCAGCUACGGGUUUUUUUUGUGAUUUUUUCUGUCUGUGUGUGUUCUUUUUUGCUCAAUACUGUUUUUUUUUUAAUAAAUUAUUGAUUUUUCUUAUG